AUGGUUCUGUUUACUCAAAUACGAGCUCUGACGGAGAAGACGCUCAAAAUCAUCAUCACUCGCCACUUUUUGUCAACCUUCUACAGUGCUCUGAUCCUUCCCAUCGUCCUCUCCGUCUACUUGGGUAUUGGGCAAAAAUUCACUCAACCCAACGACAAAUUCGGCAUUGGCUCUCCAUCCGACAUCAUUUCUCUCCAAAGUGCCCUCUCUAAAUCAGCCGGCGGUCGAGACACGGUUGUCUUUGUCAACAGCGGCCACACGAGCGCCAAUAUCGAGCAUGUCAUCAGUUCUGUUUCUGGUACCAUCGAGGGUGCUGGUAAACAUGCAAUCACCAUAAAUGACGAAGCCGACCUGGGCUAUAACUGUCAGAGCACUAUCCGUGGCACGUCCAACUGCUUCGGUGCUGUGGUAUUCUACUCUUCUCCAGAUGAGGGCCAUGGUGGCUUCUGGAACUACACCUUACGUGCUGAUGGCGGUCUGGGGAAAAGCUUUCAGACUGAUAAAGACGACAAUGAUGCCCAGAUAUACGCACUUCCUCUUCAGAGAGCUGUUGACUCUGCCAUUGCGGGCUUGGAAUCGGGGUCCUCUUUUCCUAAGUCGACGCAGCAAUAUCCCUAUACUGAAUUAACUGAAGAUGAACGCCAAGCUGAAGUGCGACGAAAGUAUCAAAAUUCUUUCAUCCACUACUUGAGCGUUGCUUUUAUCAUGGGUCUUAUUGGUGUCUGUUACCAUAUGCCUGGCUUCAUUGCCACGGAGAGAGAAAAAGGUCUCUCUCAGCUCAUCGACGCCAUGAUGCCAACCAGCAGAGGAUGGCAUCGCCAAUUUGCCAGAUUGAUCUCUCACCACAACGCUUUUACCAUGGCGUACAUGCCAGGCUGGAUUGUCGCAUCGAUUGUGACCAGGAUCACCAUCUGGACAAACACAAGCUUUGGCAUUAUGAUCAUCUUCUUCAUCAUCAGCGGCGUCGCUAUUACUUCAAUGUCACUGCUUGGCGCAUCUUUCUUCAAGAAGGCCCAGCUAUCUGGUGUAGUGACUGCUGUCAUCUGGAUCGUGCUGGGCAUAGUGGCCCAAGUUAUUCCACACCCCAACACUGGAACGGUGGCCGUCUUAAGCCUGCUCUUCACGCCGUGCAAUUUUGUCUAUUUCGUCAUUUACAUUGCUCGAUUCGAGCAAGAUGGAAAAGCCACGAAUCUGAUACACGCACCUUCAAGCGCCACUUCUAGUCUCCCUGGUGUUGUCCACUGGAUCUUCUUCUUCAUCCAGAUGGUUGUGUAUCCUUUCAUUGCGGCCUUUAUUGAACAGACUCUACACGGCGUAUCAACAGGAACUCGAUCUUCGACAUCCCUCAAAGACCCUGCGAGCGGCGUCGUAGAAACUGUUCGCAUAGACAACAUGACAAAGAUUUACAAACCAAGCCUUGUUAGAAAAUUCUUUUCUUUCGUCUCACCACCAAGGCCUGAGGUGGUUGCAGUCGAUAAUUUGACAUUAACAGCCAAGAAGGGCGAGAUCUUAGCACUACUUGGUGCUAAUGGCAGUGGUAAAAGCACCACACUUGACGCCAUUGCUGGCAUCAGUGAUUUUACCAGUGGUAACGUUUCUGUUGAUACAUCUGGCGGCCUUGGUUUUGCUCCACAACAGAAUGUUCUGUGGGAUGAACUGACUGUAGAAGAGCAUAUCCGACUUUUUAGUCGUAUUAAAGACCCACGAAGGAAGACCCCGGAAACCGAAAUUGCAGCAUUGAUUGAUGCCAUUGGGCUCCGUUCAAAAGCAAAAGCUUGGUCAAAAACCUUAUCUGGAGGCCAAAAGCGAAAGCUUCAGCUCGGAAUGAUGUUGAUCGGUGGCAGCUCUGUCUGCUGCGUGGAUGAAGUCUCGUCCGGAAUCGAUCCCCUGUCGCGCAGAAAAAUCUGGGAUAUUCUUCUGAAAGAACGUGGCUCGCGAACAAUCAUCAUGACUACACAUUUCCUCGAUGAAGCAGAUCUGCUCGCGGACAAUAUCGCUAUUUUAUCCAAGGGCACUCUGAGGGCUGAAGGCUCUUCUGCUCAACUCAAAGAUACUUUUGGUUCUGGUUACCGCAUCCAUCUGUUAGACCCAAGAAGUCUAGACGCUGUGCCUGACUUUGAAGGCGUCGAAAAAAUGAUUGCUACGAACAAUGUUACAUAUGUGGCAUCAUCAUCUGAUCAGGCUGCCAAGGUGAUUCGAGCGCUGGAAACUGCAGGGAUCCCCUACAGGUCAUCUGGCCCAACCAUCGAGGAUGUUUUCUUGCAUUUGGCUGAAGAAGCUCAUGGCGACAGCGUACAGCGGAAACCCGAUAUGGUAGAAAAGGUCACUAAACUUGCAAGUGAAGUUCCCACCGCCGGCGAUGAUCUACCAUUGCUAUCAGGACGACAGAUUAGCAUGAUUCAGCAGACUGGUGUACUUAUUCGAAAGCGAUUUACAGUCUUAAAAACGAACCGGCUUCCUUACGCGGCCGCCUUUUUGGUUCCCAUUAUCGCUGCUGCAGUUAUCCAGAUCCUUAUCCGUAACGACGACGCAGUAGGCUGCUCGCCUGCACAACGGAGUAGCAAUUCAUCAAAUGAUGACUACUUCAAGCUCCUGGACACCGCUCAUCUUGUCGGUGGUCCUUCAUCUCAAUUUGGUGGACCCUCGCUGGAAGACUUAUUCAAGCCCAUUCUACCUAAGCCAAGCGCUACUAAGAGAGACUCUUCAAGCACUUCUCUCGGCAAUGUUACCGUUGAUCUAGUCAACUCGCUUUCUUCUUUUGAAGAUUUCGUUGGAGACAAUCGAAGGACAGUCACUCCUGCAGGUCUAUGGCUUGGCGACUCAAACUCAUCACCAACACUGGCUUUCAAGGCAGACAACUUUUCCAUGUACUCUGCAGUCAUUGGUCAAAGCUUCUUGAAUACGUUAUUGGCCAACACCACCAUCGUGACAGAAUAUAAAGAAUUCGAUUAUCCAGUUGCGCCAUCCACCGGCAGAGGACUACAGCUAAUCGUCUAUUUCUCGGUUGCUUGUUCAAUCUUCCCAGGUCUAUUUGGCUUAUAUCCAAACACAGAGAGGCUCAAAAAUAUUCGCAGCUUACAGUACUCCAGCGGUGUUCGUACACUACCUGUUUGGGCCGCACACUUGCUAUUUGACUUUGGCAUCAUCUUGCUCCCCAUGAUCUUCGCUGCCAUGAUAUUUGUCGUAUCAUCAGAUUCAUGGUACCACGGAGGCUAUCUAUUCCCCAUUUUCAUUUUUUACGGCCUUACGACAAUCAUCAUCUCCUAUUUUCUUGGUCUCAUUGCAGCAAGUCCAAUGGCUACUUAUGCCUUGACCUCUGUCGUUCAGGGCUUGGGUUUUGCCAUUUACUUGAUUGCCUAUCUAUUCAUCCUCACCUACUCCCCCGCUGCCAACACUAAUCGCGAUGUCCUCAUCGCCCACUGGGUGAUUGCUGCCAUCUUCCCCACUGGAUCGCUAAUUCGGACAUUGAUGGUCGGUCAGAACAUUUUCUCGACAACUUGUGAUAACGAUCAGCUUCAAGCAAAUCCUGCAGCACUUGUCGCCUACGGAGGUCCCCUUUUAUAUCUCGUUUUACAAUCCAUAUUUUGGUUUUCAAUAGUCGUCUGGGUGGAGAGUGGCGCUGGUCGAUAUACUCCCGAGAAAGCCAAAGCGUCCCCCGAGAUUGAUGAUCCAGAAGUCGCCCAAGAACUUCUUCGGGUAGACGGCGUAGAAGGUCAAUCCGAUGGCCUCCGCAUCGCCCACCUAACUAAAGCAUUCGGCAAAAACACCGCCGUCGACAACGUCUCCUUUGGCAUCGAGCACGGCGAAGUCUUUGCGCUCCUCGGCCCCAACGGCGCCGGCAAAUCCACCACAAUCUCUCUAAUUCGAGGCGACAUCGCUCCAAGUCGCAACGGAGGCGACGUCUUCAUUGAAAACGUCUCCAUUACCAAACGCCGCGCCGCUGCCAGAGCAAACCUGGGCGUGUGUCCCCAAUUCGACGCCAUCGACAACAUGACUGUGAGCGAGCACCUCUGCCACUACUCCCGUCUCCGCGGCAUCUCCAAUGUGGACCACCAAGUCCCGGCCGUCAUCCGUGCCGUCGGGCUAGAAGCCUACGCAAACGUCAUGGCACACACCCUCUCAGGGGGCAACAAACGAAAACUCUCACUCGGCAUCGCCCUCACUGGAAACCCUCCCGUCAUCCUCCUCGACGAGCCAUCUUCCGGUCUCGACGCAGCAGCCAAGCGUAUCAUGUGGCGCACUCUUGAGACCAUCGUUCCAGGGCGCUCCAUUCUCCUCACGACGCACAGCAUGGAAGAAGCCGACGCUCUCGCCAACCGCGCAGGCAUCAUGGCCCGCCGCAUGCUCGCCCUCGGAUCGACAGAAAAGCUUCGCCACCGCUUCGGCGACACACUGCACGUACAUCUCGUCAGCAAGACCGCUCCACACUCUUCUGCAGCAGAGAUGGAAGCUCUCCGUGUUUGGGUUCUUAAUAACUUCUCUGGAGCCACAGUCGAGCAGGAGACAUAUCACGGUCAGAUGCGCUUCACGAUGCCUUCUUCUGCGGUCCCAAUGCUAUUCGGAAGUUCAAAUAGCACUGAGAGCGCAAGGGGCAGACUCAUGAUUAUGCUGGAAGAGCAGAAGGAUUAUCUGGGUGUUGCGCAUUAUAGCGUCAGUCCUACAACGUUGAAUGAAGUGUUUUUGAACAUUGUUGGGAAACAUGACGUCCAGGAAGAAGGUUAUAAUAGAGCUGAAGAGAGGGCUGAGACUCAGGGGAGGAGGCCUUGGUGGAGGUCAAAGGCUUUGUGGGGAUUCUAG